UUAGUGUGCCCUGAUGAUCAGUGUGGCCCCAGAAGUGCCACCUGUCAGUGCUCAUCAGUGCCACAUGCCAGUGCCUAUCAGUGCCACGUGCCAGUGCCCAUCAGUGCCACAUCAAUGCCACAUAUCAGUGUAUACCAGUGCACAUCAAUGCCACAUAUCAGUGCUCAUCUGAGCUGCCUUUCAAUGUCGCCCAUCAGUGCCAGUCAGUGCCACCUAUCAAUGCCAAUCAGUGCCACCUAUCAGUGCUGCCAAUCAGUGCCACCUAUCAGUGCACAUCAUCAGUGACGCCUAACAGUGCCAGUCAGUGCCGCCUAUCAAUGCCAGUCAGUGCCGCCUAUCAGUGCUGCCAAUCAGUGCCACCUAUCAGUGCGCAUCAGUGC